GUUGAGCAACUGCACAAAAUAUUUAAGUUAUGUGGCUCCCCUUCUGAGGAGUAUUGGAAGAAAUCAAGGCUGCCUAAUGCAAUCCUUUUCAAGCCACAGCAGCCAUACAAGCGCUGCAUAGCCGAAACCUUCAAAGACUUUCCACCUUCUCUCCCUCUGAUUGAAGCUCUUCUUGCAAUUGACCCUGUUGAGCGAGGCUCUGCCACUGCAGCAUUAAACAGUGAAUUCUUUACAAUGGAACCUUAUGCUUGUGAGCCAUCAAGCUUACCGAAAUAUCCUCCCAGCAAGGAAAUGGAUGUGAAAUUGAGAGAUGAAGAAGCCAGAAGGCAAAGAGGUUUGAACAAGAAAACCAACGCUGUAGAUGGUGCCAGAAGAGUGAGAGUUCGCGAUAGAGUUAGCGGGCAAUUCCAGCUCCAGAAGCCAAUGCAGAGGUCCAAGCAAACUUGGAU